AACACCACUUACUUAAUAAUUCAUAACUUAAAGAUACAAUGGGUGCUGCUUACACUAUUCUUGGUAGAACUUUCCAACCACAUCAAUUAGCUAUUGCCACUUUAGGUGCUGUUGUCUACUUGGUUGCCCCAAAGCCAUGGGCUGCUAAGGAAGUCUCUGCUGGACCAGCCAUCAACGCUUCUUCUCCAGAAGAAGAAAAGUUUGUCAAGGAAUGGUUAGCCAAGCAUACUGCUGAAGAAAAGCAUUAGAGGAAUAUAGUUUUUUUAUAAGUGUGAUUUAAAUUAUUUAUUUUUCAAAUGUUAGACCAUCAAAGUGAGGAAGGAAUGAUUACAACAAAUGGUUAAUAAUUUGGAUAUUGGUUAUAGAUGUAUGUCCAUAGUUAAGAGUUGUUUUAUUUUGUUUGAAAUUGUGUCCAUCUUUAGAUUUGUGAGUUAGACUAAAAUCUUGCUUUGAUACAUACCUUUAGUUCCUUUUAUAAAUCUUUUAUCAAUAUAUGUACAUAUAGUCGACAUAUACACCAAGGUGCAUAUAUCCCACCAUAUAUCCUUUCCACAAGUUUGUGGUUUGAAGUAGUAAGUGCAAUACUGCCAGUAGCCACUAUUUCGGACACUAACUUGCUACAAGUUUGUUCAGUGCGGCUUGUCAAAACAUCCAUAGCAGGGAUGUCAUCAGCAUAUAGUUGAGUUCGAAAGUAGUAUCCUUCGCUAGAAUCGUAUCUAUCAUUGUAGUCUUAUUCAAUUUAAUGCUACCAUAUGGAAAGGUUCCGGGUAACAC